AUCUUGCAACCAUGAACGUUGGCGAGAAUGCGCCCACAUCGUCGGCUGCCAUUGCGAUAGCCGAGGUGGUCGCGCUACCCAUCGAGGGAGAUGGUGAUGCUAUACAAUUGCGCAUGCUGAACCGCCGCGGUUCGAGCCUAAGUGACGGCCGAGACUCGCUCAGUGCCUUGCCUGCGUCGACUGGGUCGCAGUCGCGACUGCAGCGCAAUGCGUCGUCCCAUUUGUACGACUUCGACUCGGCGUUUGAUGCGUAUCGACCAUCGUUGUCAAGUAUUCACGCACCAGACCUCCAAAGCGCUGUCGUGCCGCAGGAGACCAAGUGGCAAUGGAACGAUGUUGUCGCCCAACAAGUCCCCACAACUUCAACUGCCAAGGGCCGCCAUGGCUACGACCUCAUUACGUACACGCUGUUUCGAAGCUCGUGGGUGUUUUUGGUGGUCCUCGGUGUUCUGUCGUCCGUGUUGGCUUUCUUGGUGGACGCUGCCGUCGGUGGCAUUUCAACACUGCACAUUCUCGUGACUGACCUGGGGGGGAAUUGGAUUGCUCAAGUGCUAUUAUAUGUGGGCUAUCGCAUCUUAAUCCUGCUACUGGGGGUCACCCUCACGUUCAUUAUUUGCCCAAAUGCGUCGGGAUCAGGAAUUCCAGAAAUGCGAUCGAUCUUGGGCGGCUUUGUCUUGCCCCAUUAUUUGUCUGGCCCAGCUCUCGUGUCCAAGUGCAUCGGCCUCACGUGUGCCUUGGGCAGCGGCCUGUCCAUUGGAAAGGAAGGGCCGUUUGUCCACUUGAGUUGCAUUAUUGCGAACCAACUCCUUCGCCUGAACCUGUUCAAGGACAUUCGGCGGUCACCGGACUUGACCCACCACGCGCUGUCAGCUGCAUGUGCAGUCGGCGUCACGGCUGCCUUUGGCACGCCCAUUGGGGGUGUGCUCUUCUCAAUUGAAGUCACGACGACAUACUACAUGACGAGCAACUACUGGCGCGCGUUCUUUUGCUCGGUCGUCGGCGUGAUCAUGUUUCGGUGGCUCAACAUGCUCAGCGGAAAUGAUCGCAACGUGAGUUUGUUCACGACGGACGCCGAGUUUCACUUUCACAGCUUGGAGUCGGUGCUGUUUUUGCUUUUAGCCGUCGGGUGCGGCGUCCUUGCCGGCAUCUUUGUGCGAUCAUACUCGUGGGUGAACAACUUUCGACGGAGCCAUCUACACGUGUGGGGCACCAAGCCGUUUGGCUACGCCGCUGCCGUCGGACUGGCGCUCGCCGUCGCCGAUUACUCUCUUGGGUCGUGCAUGCUCGUGUCCAACCGCGCGCUCAUCGACGACAUGUUUCUCGCGACGGACUUGACCACGUCCAACGCAACCAUUCUGUAUGAAAGGUUUCAUGGGUCGUGGGGGUCGCCCCACUUGGCCGUGAACCUGUCGGUCCUGUUUGUGAUCCGGUACUUGGCGUCGGCGAUCUCGGCGACAGUGGCUAUUCCGAACGGAAUCUUCACGCCCGUGUUUGCGCUGGGGGCAGUGCUCGGCCGACUCUUUGGCGAAGCUCUCGCGGGCAUCGCCCCUGACUCUUGGGUGAUUGUGCCUGCGGGAUAUGCCAUUGUCGGUGCCGCGUCGUUCACGGCUGGUGUCACGGGCACGUUUAGCAUUGCCGUGAUUGUGUUUGAACUGACCCAGCAGUUUACGUACAUGAUUCCAGUGCUCCUGUCGGUGCUUGUCGGACGGGCCGUCGCCGGCUUCGUCUCCCUCGACAUGUAUGAAACGAUUGCUCGCGACAAGAACCUGCCACAGUGGCCGGAUCUGACGCGGCAGGCGUCGUAUGCCCUUGUCGCGUCCGACCUGAUGCACCCCGUCCCGACGCACGUGAUCACACGGCAUCAAUCGCUCGCGUCGCUCUCGACGUUGCUCGACUCGGCCGCCGCCGAUGUCGAUGUGUUUCCCGUCGUAGAUGAUGCGACGAGUAGGAUCUUCUUGGGUGUUGUCGAUAGAGACGAAGUGGAAGCGCUGCUCCAAGUAUGGACCCAUUGUGUGGCAGGGGUGACGGCGCCGACGCCGCACGAGUUCGCAGUGUCCCCACGGACUGCCCGCGCGUCCGCCAGCACGAUUCUGUCGGACAAUGACACGUUGGUGGACACUCCCACGAGACAACGAGGCUUGACUGGCCAACUCGCUGUAGCAGGUCUGACAGCCCACCAAGCCAAGGAAUUGCGUCAGCAUGAUCGAGUGGACCUCGUGGGCCUCGAACUGUUGAGUCUGGACGCCGAGAACGUCCACGUCCAUCGCGACACAUUUGCGUCGAAAGUGAUUCUGCUCAUUUCGGUUCACAAAGCCCCCCAGCUCUUUGUGACGGGGAAGGGCAAGUUGAUUGGCGUCAUUUACGCCCAAGACCUCGUGGCGCGAAGUCGAUACUUAGCGUUGUAACCAACGAGAACGACUUGCAUCCAAGCAAAAUCGGUUGCCAUGGCGACCGCGGCAUCAUGCGACUGUGGUUUCAUGCGGUCGAACGGAACGAGAAGCGGCUCGGUCAAUUGAACCACCACGUAAAGCAUCUCCUGAAUACAAAGAGCUGAACGCACCCGGCGUGCGUGGGCUCGGCGCUGCAAUCCUCCGCGCAUGCUGGCCAUUCUCGACUGUUUAAUGCAUGCGCGCUUUGGGACAAAGUCUUCCGUGCGACAGCCCGUGCCAAAAAUGGCGUUGGCGUAAUGCACCUGUACCAAUUGCUCGUAUUGGCAACGAACC